AUGAAACGGGCGACGUCGAGUUCAGCCGCGGUUGCGAGCUGGAACUCGACCGCACGGAGCCCAUAAUCUUUCAGCCCCCUCCGGACGCGUUCACCUACACCGCCCCCCCGAAAACAGUGACGCUGACGCCGGCUGAUUGCGGCUGGGCUGGCUCCACGUUCAACAACUUUUUCCUCUUCUCGCACCAGAUGAGUGCCGUGACGUCUGGGAACGUUGCAGUGUUCGAGCUGCUGAUAGAUUCAUUCACCAUGGACAUGGGCAUGACUCCAUCACCCUCGCCAAUGCCCCCGUCGCCGGCACCGUCACCGCCUAGGACCAUCCCGUGGCCGCCCAGUCCCGAGCCGCCCAGCCCCGAGCCGCCCAGCCCAGUGUUCGCCAACACGCGGACUGUCAGCGUUGACACACUGCCACUUGGAGACAUCACCAACACUUCGCUUCAGGCGCUAGGCAUCCGCCUUGGCCAAAGCAUAUACACGCGGUCGCCUGCCUGGGGAGAGGUGGUAGACUGCGCCGCUGGCUGGAGCUACCGGGGAAGCACCAUGACCGCCACCGGCUGCACCAAGACCCUGCGCUUUCCAUAUAUCGGCGUGUCGGGCACCUUUCUGACACUGCCGUCGCCCAGCAGCAAGUUCUACAGCCUCACGCUCACGUACCGCACCACCCUUCUGUAUGUGAAACUGAACCUAUAUCUUGGCGGCCGAAGCUGUGGGUUGAACCUGAGCCCUACAGAGCCCAUCGCCUUCCCCAAGCCGGAUGCAUUCACCUACACCAGAUCAAACACGCGGACGGUAACUCCGGCAGAUUGCGGCUGGCCGGCUGGGUCUACGUUUGACACGUUUCAAAUAAACCCACGCGACACCCCCGACAGCCUGGAAGAGGAGUACGUUGCCGCAGACGUGUUUGAGCUGUUGAUUGAUUCGUUCACCAUGGAAACGGGCAUGGCUCUUCCACCAACCCCUCCCAGCCCGGAGCCGCCCAGCCCUUAUGAGCCGCCCAGCCCCGAGCCGCCCAGCCCCGAGCCGCCCAGCCCCCAGCCGCCCAGCCCCCAGCCGCCCAGCCCCGAGCCUGCCUCCCCGCCGCCGCUGCCCCCGUCACCCGCCCCACCGGAGCCCAUGGGUUUUGGCAGCACGCGCAGCGUAGAUUUUGGCACUAUUCCGCUGAAAUACCUUACGGCGACUUCACUGGACGCCCUGGGCAUUGUCAUUGGAAACACACCCAGCAGUGGCACCGACAUCAACCAACCAAUCCACGACUUGGGAAAGGUUGAAGAUUGUGCUAUAGGCUGGCCCUACCGCGACAGUAUAACGCAAUACAUGACUUCGACCGGCUGCAGCAGGACCCUGGCAUACAAUAUUGAAGGCACAUCAAGCUGGUUCCAGGCGCUGCCCCUGUCCUCCCCGUUCUGGAGGCUCACACUCACGUACCGCACAUCCUCACCUCACAUCGGAGUGGGCUUUCAUGAAACGGGCGACGUCGAGUUCAGCCGCGGUUGCGAGCUGGAACUCGACCGCACGGAGCCCAUAAUCUUUCAGCCCCCUCCGGACGCGUUCACCUACACCGCCCCCCCGAAAACAGUGACGCUGACGCCGGCUGAUUGCGGCUGGGCUGGCUCCACGUUCAACAACUUUUUCCUCUUCUCGCACCAGAUGAAUGCCGUGACGUCUGGGAACGUUGCAGUGUUCGAGCUGCUGAUAGAUUCAUUCACCAUGGACAUGGGCAUGACUCCAUCACCCUCGCCAAUGCCCCCGUCGCCGGCACCGUCACCGCCUAGGACCAUCCCGUGGCCGCCCAGUCCCGAGCCGCCCAGCCCCGAGCCGCCCAGCCCAGUGUUCGCCAACACGCGGACUGUCAGCGUUGACACACUGCCACUUGGAGACAUCACCAACACUUCGCUUCAGGCGCUAGGCAUCCGCCUUGGCCAAAGCAUAUACACGCGGUCGCCUGCCUGGGGAGAGGUGGUAGACUGCGCCGCUGGCUGGAGCUACCGGGGAAGCACCAUGACCGCCACCGGCUGCACCAAGACCCUGCGCUUUCCAUAUAUCGGCGUGUCGGGCACCUUUCUGACACUGCCGUCGCCCAGCAGCAAGUUCUACAGCCUCACGCUCACGUACCGCACCACCCUUCUGUAUGUGAAACUGAACCUAUAUCUUGGCGGCCGAAGCUGUGGGUUGAACCUGAGCCCUACAGAGCCCAUCGCCUUCCCCAAGCCGGAUGCAUUCACCUACACCAGAUCAAACACGCGGACGGUAACUCCGGCAGAUUGCGGCUGGCCGGCUGGGUCUACGUUUGACACGUUUCAAAUAAACCCACGCGACACCCCCGACAGCCUGGAAGAGGAGUACGUUGCCGCAGACGUGUUUGAGCUGUUGAUUGAUUCGUUCACCAUGGAAACUGGCACGACUCUUCCACCAGCCCCUCCCAGCCCUGAGCCGCCCAGUCCCCAGCAGCCGCCCAGCCCCCAGCCUCCCAGCCCUGAGCCUCCCAGCCCCGAGCCUGCCUCCCCGCCGCCGCUACCCCCGUCACCAUCACCCCCCUCACCGGAGCCCAUGGGUUUUGGCAGCACGCGCAGCGUCAAUUUUGGCACAGUGCCGCUUGGAUCCCUUACGGCGACUUCGCUGGACGCCCUGGGCAUUGGCCUUGUGAAUGCCCCCAACGGCGUCGACAUCUUCGAACCAAACAGCAACUGGGGAACGGUUAAAGAUUGCGCUGCAGGCUGGAGCAACCCCAACCGUAGGACAACAUAUAUGACCACGACCGGCGGCUGCAGCAGGACCCUGGUAUACACUAGUGAAAGCUUAUCAAGCUGGUUCCAGGCGCUGCCCCCGUCCUCCCCGUUCUGGAGGCUCACGCUCACGUACCGCACAUCCUCGCCUCACGUGGGAGUGGGCUUUUAUGCAACCGGCGACGUCGAGUUCAAUCACAAAUGCGAGCUGGAACUCGACCGCACAGAGCCCAUUAUCUUUGAGCCCCCUCCGGACGCGUUCACCUACACCGCCCCCUCGAAAACAGUGACGCUGACGCCGGCUGAUUGUGGCUGGCCCGGGUCCACGUUCGACAACUUUUUCCUCUUUUCGUACCAGAUGAAUGCCGUGGCGUACGGGAACGUUGCAGUGUUCGAGCUGCUCAUAGAUUCAUUCACCAUGGACAUGGGCAUGACUCCAUCACCCUCGCCAAUGCCCCCGUCGCCGGCACCGUCACCGCCUAGGACCAUCCCGUGGCCGCCCAGUCCCGAGCCGCCCAGCCCCGAGCCGCCCAGCCCAGUGUUCGCCAACACGCGGACUGUCAGCGUUGACACGCUGCCACUUGGAGACCUCACCGGCACUUCACUUCAGGCGCUAGGCAUCCGCCUUGGCCAAAGCAUAUACACGCGGUCGCCUGCCUGGGGAGAGGUGGUAGACUGCGCCGCUGGCUGGAGCUACCGGGGAAGCACCAUGACCGCCACCGGCUGCACCAAGACCCUGCGCUUUCCAUAUAUCGGCGUGUCGGGCACCUUUCUGACACUGCCGUCGCCCAGCAGCAAGUUCUACAGCCUCACGCUCACGUACCGCACCACCCUUCUGUAUGUGAAACUGAACCUAUAUCUUGGCGGCCGAAGCUGUGGGUUGAACCUGAGCCCUACAGAGCCCAUCGCCUUCCCCAAGCCGGAUGCAUUCACCUACACCAGAUCAAACACGCGGACGGUAACUCCGGCAGAUUGCGGCUGGCCGGCUGGGUCUACGUUUGACACGUUUCAAAUAAACCCACGCGACAGCCUGGAAGAGGAUAAAGAGGAGUACGUUGCCGCAGACGUGUUUGAGCUGUUGAUUGAUUCGUUCACCAUGGAAACUGGCAUGGCUCUUCCACCAAACCCUCCCAGCCCUGAGCCGCCCAGUCCCCAGCCGCCCAGCCCCCAGCCGCCCAGCCCCCAGCCGCCCAGCCCUGAGCCGCCCAGCCCCGAGCCUGCCUCCCCACCGCCCUCGCCUGCUCCCCCAAGCCCGCCUCCUCCCUCACCGCCGCCGCCACCACCGCCGCCGCCGCCCUCGCGUCCCUUGACUGACCUUCCUUCUUCGCUGCCGCCGUCUCCAUCACCGACAGCACCUCCGUCUCCUCUUACGCCGUCACCUGAUGCGCCCUCUUCACUGGCCCCGCCAUCCCCAUUGCCGCCCGCACCUCCCACACUGAGCCCCAACCCUCCGCCCUCGCAAUCUUCACCAGCCCCACCCUCGCCCGCCGUUGUGGCGGCUGCCCCACCUUCCCUGCCGGCUCCCCGCCAGGAGCCGUCCCCACCCCCGUCACCCGCCAUCGUGGCGACCUUCCGCUCCUACUUCCUGGGCUGCUUCGCGUUUGCUUUUGACACUACAGCCUAUGCUGCCGCCUCGCGCGCCCUUCCCAUCACCCUCGCCACCAACGACGAGGCCAUGACGGUGGCCAAGUGCGCCGGGCUCGCCCAGGCUGCAGGCCUGGACCACUACGGUGUUACAAACGGGCAAACCUGCGUCGGCGGCGACGUCAGCCGGCAGCAGGCAACCCAGCACGGCUCGCUGCCGGCGUCUGCCUGCGACCGGCCCUGCCCUGGCGACGCCAGCCAGACCUGCGGUGGCGGUCCCACCAACGCUAGCACGCAGCUGUCAGCCAUGAGCCUCUACUCCUUCAACCCCGACAGCCCUCCACCGCAGCCGCCGCAGCGCGCACCGCGCAAGCCCUCGCGCCCUGGCUCCGCCGCCAAGCCGCCCAAGCCGCCCUCGCCGGCUCCGCCGCUGCCCAGCCCACCCUCGCCCUCCCGGCAGGUCGAGACGCAGACGCUGAUCCAGACAGCCGCCGCCGACCUGCCGGCCCUUCAAAAGGACGUCAGCCAGGCCGUCGCCGUGCCCAGCGCGCGCAGCCUGAUCCUACUGCAGCCAACCGCCGUGCCCAUCUUCACGGCUGGGGUCAUCACCAAACCUUCGGCUACUUCGGCUGCUGCGCUCAAUGCGCCAGUGAUCGCCUCGGCUCGUGUGGGGCAGCAGGGCCGGCUGGUCGCGUUUGGGAGUGCGGUCAUGCUCACAGGCUGCUGCGGCCAGCAAGGCAGCUCGGCAGCAGCUGUGGCGGGCUUUGACUCAGCCGAGCUGGACAAGAUCAUUGCUAACGCCGCGAGCUGGGCUGCGGCCGCUGGUACUGUGGGUGUCUCUAUUUCUAUUUCUAUUUCUACCGUGUGUACAUACUUUUAGAUAGUGGGUGUUAACGUUGAUUGUUCAUUGAUGACUCAUCAGAAACCAUUGGCACUAUAACGACGGGUCCAUGCGUUAGAGCAUGCGUUAGCAUGCGUGCCGCAUGGCCCAAACGCAUGCUUAACGCGUGAAAAGCAUGUGCUGUACGCAUGCGGUGCCCGCCCAUACGCAUGCGUGCGCUACCAGAGCGUGCGUUACCUAACGCAUGCUGGUGUUGGCUAGCGGCCGCAGCGACUCUUUCUGGAUGUACGCAUGCGUCCCGAACGCAUGCCAUACGCAUGCUUGAAGCACAUAUGCCGGUUGCGUGAAGUACUACGCAUGCCAUGGCGCAUGCGGGACGCAUGUGCGUUACCUAACGCAAGCAG